AUGGCGGCCCUCACUAAGAAGGUGAGCGCACCUGAAAUCAACAAGAGCAAAGAUGUGAAGGUCACAGCGAUAUCAUAUCCGUUCUGGUUUGGUGGAAGCGCAAGUUGCUUCGCGACAUUCUUUACACACCCAUUGGAUCUCGUCAAGGUACUCUAA